GCUGUGAAAGCUAGAACUUCGCAAACCAUAAAGAAGAAGAGAUAUAUACCCAAUCAGUGUGCGUGUAUAUUCCCUGCUGUGACAUUUACACGUGUUUCGCCAACCUCCCACAAUGCCGAAGGGAUUGCUGAAAACAACGAAAGGGGAGGCACAGCGUGAUUUUCGAGAAAGGGAGAAGGAGAGGCAGGCCAAAAUAGCUGCCUUUGAAGAACAAAAACAUCUAAAUAAACUUGACCGCGAAGCCAGCCAGGCGGCUAAGGAGGCGAAGUGGGCGCAAGCUUCGCAGCUGUCGCAGGCGGCGCGGGAGGCGCGGGAGGCACGGGCGGCCCAGACAGCGCGGGCGGCCCAGGCGGCGCGGGCGGCCGAGGUGGCGCGGGCGGCCCAGGCGGCGCGGGCGGCCCAGGCGGCCCAGGCGGCGCGGGCGGCCGAGGCCAUGCGGGCGGCCCAGGCGGCCCAGGCCCGGGCGGCGUGGGCGGCGCAGGUGGCGGAGUGGGAGCGGGCUGCGCAGGCUGCCUGGGCCGCGCAGGCAGCCCGUGACCCGUAGAGCCCAACGACGCUGCCGUGUCCGGGAGAGGAGUCCCUCCGCCUCGACCCACAGACAGCAGGCAGGGCAGAGUCGUGCGCUCGACCAACCCCGCACGAGAGGGACGACUGCAGUACGCGGAGGAGAAAGGAGGAGGAAGAGGAAGGAUGAAGACGAUGAAGGAGGAAGAAGAGGAAGGAGGAAGACGAUGAAGGAGGAAGAAGAGGAAGGAGGAAGACGAUGAAGAUGGGGAACAAGAGGAGAGACCGUCCUAUCUCGCCUUUCCUGCCACCUGAUGUCAACAUUUUUGUUUUGUUUCUUUUUGUUUAUGUGGAGUUGCGUAUGUUUUACUGUGAUUAUUAUGUUUAUUAAAAUUACGUAUUUUAUCUUUCAUUGUAAUUAUAGCUACGUCAUUAUACUACUAAAUUCAUCUCUUUAUGUGAGAAAUAUUUUUUUUCUGUGGCAGUGUUUUGCCUACGUUUUAGAAAAUAUGUCCUAUAUACUUUACGCGUAUGUUCUUGCCUACAUCUGAAUAUUCUAACCAAAUAAA